CUUCUCUCUCUAAAGCUUCUCGUCGUUCAUCAUCAGCCAUGAAAAUAAAGAAGAAAGGUCAAGUCCACCCAUCUCCUCCUCUUCCAUCAUUUCCUUCUUCUUCAUCCAAAGUAGACAACUGUCUCUCUGUCCUGAAGCUUCUCCCCGCUGUGAUUCUCCUUCUCGUCUCCUCUCUCUCCCCCGAAGACAAGCAAGUCCUUGCUUACUUAAUCACCCGUUCACUCAAAACCACCACCAUCGCCGUAUCCUCCGGAAGACGUAGAAGCUCUUGUAAGAAAGCUAGAACUCAUCAUAAAGCUCCGCGUUUCGAUUGUGAAUGUUUCGAAUGCUACACGAGCUACUGGUUUCGCUGGGACUCCUCGCCUAACCGUGAGCUCAUCCACCAGAUCAUCGAAGCUUACGAAGACCAUCUAGCCAAGAGCGAGAAGUCAAGCGGCAGAGGAGGAAAAAAGAAGGAGAAAUCACGUCGUCGCCGGGUCGUGGAGCCCUCGGGUCGACCCGAAGAACCGGUGGAGCCUGUAGAUGAAGUUAAGCCUGAGGAGUCACCGGAAAUGUUGAGGUUUCCGGCGGCGGCGGGGACUAGGCACAGGGGCUUGGCGAGGAAGGUGUUACCGGACGUGCUGGGAUUAUUCAAUUGGCGUUUUUGGAGGCUUUGGAAUCCGAAUGCGUGAGGCAUCUCGCUUCAAAAAAAUAAAGCUCCUUUCGAAUUUUCUAAACAAAUGCUUUGUUCUUGGAAUCCAUUAAACAAAGCUAAAUGCUUUAUUUUAUCUAAUAUGAAAUAAUGAUAUAAGUCUUCGCCUAGUAGUGUUGCAGGCAUGUUAUCUAUCCAUUUCUGUUUUUGUAUAAGAUCAUCUUUAGUUCUCGGAAGA